AUGAGCAGCAACACCGUACGGCGCGACUGGAGCCCAGGCACGAGUCCCAUGAGUGAUCGUGUCUGGGCACAGGCUAUUCAUGCCGUUGUUGAACGUCGCUUGACCCUCCGUCAAGCUUCACAGGCUUUUGGGCUACAGCAAACUGCACUACAUCGUCUUGUGCGUCAACACACAUUACAACAAUUGCGCCAGCCGCCAUCGACCCGGUCACUGUGCACAAGUCCGACUAAUAGUGACGACAGCCGUUUAACGGCGCUAGCAAUAGCAAGUAGCAACAAGAACAGCGAGACAUCAAAUACUCACUACGUUUUCCCGCGUCUGAAUCCGGUGGCACUCUGCCACAACAGCCCUCAUGGCGUGUCGUUGCCGGCCGUGGCACCCUUGGCUACCGUCAUGGUACCGCCGCCCGUGUGCGAGCUUACACCUGAAAUCAACGACGAGGUUGUGGCUGUGCUACGAGAGCAAUUUGUGCAGCAACAGUAUGAUGACUACGAGACUAGUGACGGACGCUAUGAAAGACUUGAGGGCUACGCCGAUGCCGAUAUUGCUGACGUCGCACGUGCCAUUGUGGGCCACAACGGCCGUCGCAUAUUACCGCCGAACUUUCCGUCCGCUAACUGGCUUGCCACGUUUAAGCGUGAGAACGGUUUUGCCGACAUGGACGAAAUGACUCGCUGCGGAGAUAGAACAAGCAGUGGAGCCCGCUCAAAGUUGUCAUCUCAGUACCAGCAGCAGGGACACAACAACUGUAAUUACGAGGCCGAACUGCAGCAGUACGAGCUCGAAGAGCAGCACCGUCAUGAAGACAAGGUACGCUAUGGGAGCCAUAAGUACCACCAACCCGCUGCUCCGCCUUCACCGUCACAGUCACAACGCAGUCCGAUGAAGCGGCACGUCUCGUACAUAUGGGAUGACGUCAAUGGUACGAUGGAUGAGGGCGAACGUUUGAAACCGCUUCAACGUCAACGCUUGUACCCGCCGCAGCACCAAUUGAGAGACAAUGGCAAGUUUCGUCGAAGCCCAAGCGCAGGAAGUAGAAACGGUCAUUCUGACAGAUACGGUCUUCCUGACAGCAACUGUAGCGAUCGGAACUACCGACAGAGCAACCUUGUUCCAGCGAAGGUAUGGGAAGCAGCAAUGGAAGAUGUUGCUAUCCAUGGCAUGAGUCUGCGCAAUGCCGCUAAGGCCCAUGGAGUGCACUUUGCAGCACUUCAUCGCCGCCUAAAGAAACGUCAGCAAUACAAGCUGAGCAUGCCUUGCGAGCCCAACUACAUCCCGUUUGAAGACGAGGCCGGUGUCGUUCGUGUCAUUCACGCACGCGCCGAAAUGGGCGUCCUGUUGACAUUCACGGAGCUAGUCGAUUUGCUUAAGCGCACAGCGCUCAAGCACCGCUCGCACUUGCCGGGAGAUGUGGCAACAGCUAUUGUGCGCAGAUUCCAGUCUCGCGUGGAGCAGUCUGUUCGCCACUUGAUCGUUGACUGGCCAGCUCUACCGAACAAUGUCCUGUACCGACUUCGUGACACUGGCAGCCCUGUGGGCGACAAGUGUGGAUUGUCUCGCGAUUUUUCGACUGCCAACGUUGGUAAGAAUAGCUUGCCUUCCAUCAUCAGUAGAAGCAGUGGUGAAGCUUCAUCGUCGGGGUCUUCCUCGUCUUUGUCGCCGCACGCGCGAUCGGCUUCUGGUGGAGGGUACCCAGUGACGCACAAGUCUCCUGCGGGUACUUCAUCAAAACUGACGUGGGACAACGUGAAGGCAAGCAACAAAAUCAGCGAUGACGAUGAAAAUGUUCUUGUAGCAACUGUAUCGCCUCCUUCUGAUGAUAGCGAGCCUGUUUCCAGCCAGCCGUGCGUGAUGCUUCGCUUAUGA